GUAGGCGGUGCCUCAUUCAGGAACCCGAUUUACUUCCGUACGGCGCACACGGCUUUCGCUUGUUUUUGGAUUGUCCUGAGACGGACACCGUAAAAAGGGGUAGGAAGGAGAGAGGCGGGAGAAAAGGCAUCGCACGGGAUACAGGGUGAGAAUUACAGGGUGGCUUAUGGCCGCCUGUAGUAUUUGCAUUGAUGCACACCAUCUAGUAUGGUUAGUGCUCAUUACGUUCAGAGAAAAGUAGGUAACAACAAUAAUUAACCUAAAUGUGUGGCUCCCGCGGUGUCUAUGCGAAGCGAAUUCUGGGAGUUGUAGUUCAUCCCAGUGAAAGGGAAUUAGAAUGAGCCUGCGCAAACAAACACCGAGUGACUUCUUAAAGCAGAUUAUUGGAAGACCAGUGGUUGUAAAGCUCAACUCUGGAGUCGAUUAUCGAGGUGUUCUGGCAUGUUUAGAUGGUUACAUGAAUAUUGCUUUGGAACAAACAGAAGAGUAUGUGAAUGGACAGCUGAAGAACAAGUAUGGGGAUGCAUUUAUCCGAGGAAAUAAUGUUUUGUAUAUUAGCACUCAGAAGAGGAGGAUGUGACCUGUGUUUUUUUUAAUUUACUUUUCAUUUUUAAUUAUAUUAUGUUCUUUGCAUUAAGAGCGCAGCAUUUUGGACUUCAGAAGAUCAAGGUCUAUACAUUUAUGUUUGAGACUUAAGAUGAAGUUGCAUUGCUAAAUACAUUUUGAAAAGAAAAACACUUUUUCAUAAAGUUUGAUAAACAUUUUGGUUUAUGAUGAUCUGUACUGCUGUAAAAUAAACAACAGUCAUGAAA